AUGUUGAAGAAUUUUGGAAAACACUCAACCAAAUUCUACCCGUCGGGCAAUCGAGACUCCCAGUGGGUUUGGCAUUCGGUCCCCAUCGACGAAGUGGAGAACUUCCAGGUGGUUUUCACAGUCACGGACCCUGCAUCGCCACGUGGAGACAUUGUCAUUGACGAUGUAAAAUUGAUGAAUGGAACAUGUAGAGACAGCUCAGAUCAAAAUAUCCCCUACUUUUUAGUAACGCCGACUACCACUUACGAAGCCGCCGAGCCACCUACGACCACCCGAAACACCACCGAGACUUUCGUACCGUCGACGAACACUAACAAAACCACCCAGUCUUUCGAGCCUACUACAACAAAUAAAAACAUGAGCACUAACAAAACCACCGAAUUUUCCGUACCGUCGACGAACACUAACGAAACCACCGAAUCUUCCGUACCGUCGACGAACACUAACGAAACCACCGAAUCUUCUACACUAAUGAAACCACCGAAUCUUCCGUACCGUCGACGAAUACUAAUGAAUCCACCGAAUCUUCCGUACCGUUGA